AUGACCGGGAUUCCGGUAUUAUACCAAAGAUUUGUAGAUUGUAUAAUUUGUGCGAAAACUCCUCGCCGAUGGGGUUCGCCCACGUUACAUAGAUUCUCCAGAUAUUUACGCAACGAUUUAGAACCUGCGUCCCCCCCUUCGCAACUUUCAAAACACGGUGGGGCAUUCCGUGUACCGGCAGAUCUCUUCCUCGAGAGGUCAUCUGCAGGAUCUGCUCUUCCUUGUUGUCUUACUCCAGCUUUCCCGCGGUUCCCUUACAACGUUGGGUUUAUCGCUAAUUGCAUGAGAAAAUUUCCCUCCCCCUGGCCUGUGUAUAGCUCUCCUUGUGCCCGAUCCGAUCCCAGAUAA